AUGGCUCGCGCGGCAGUCAUCCCCCAAUCAUCCCCUAAACGGGGUCGCCCCGCGUCCACCAGCACCGCCAGAGGUCGUCCUUCCGUUGCAACAGCGACCACGGCAGCAGCUCGAGCGAAAGCAAGACCCGUACCCGCGAAAACAGCGACGAAGAGGACAGCGCGUGCUGCUGAGAGCACGGAUGACGACGACGAUGAAAUCGCGGCUGAUAGUAAUGCAAAGACGACGACUGCUAGAGGACGGGCGAACGCUACGACGACAUCAUCAUCGACAACAAUAGGGACAGGCCGUGGGCGGAAACCGGCUGCUAGGACCGUGGCGCCGCAGGAGCAGAGCGAUGACGAUGAUGAACUUGCGCAGAUGGAUGUUCCGAAAAAGCGCGUUGGACGGCCGAAGAAGGAGACUGCCACUACUGAGAAACCGGCAGAGCAGGCGGCUAGGCCGAGAGGGCGACCGAAGGGUACUACGAAUGCGAAGACGACGGCGACGACGGCUGCGCGCCCGCGUAGGACUGAGGAGGAGUUGAAGCCUAAGGAUAUUGCGAUUACUUCGGCUGCGCUGAGGUCGAAUAUUCUCAAGGGACCUGCGAAGAAGAAGACGGUUACAUUCCAGGAUAUUAUUGAUUCAGAGGAAGAGGAAGAGGAAGAGCCUGCUCCGGCCCCUGUUACGCGGCGAAGGGCAACUCCUGCCAAGCGCGGUGUGGGCGCUAAACCUGCUCGCAAGCCUGCUGCUACCGGCACAGCGACUGGUCGGGUGCGCAAACCCGCCGCGAAGUCAGCUACGAAGCCGAAGCCUCUUUCGCCAAAGAAGGCGAACCAAGUCGCCAAGUCGAUUUCAUCGUAUGUGAGCUCGGAUGGUGAAGAUGAUGAGCUCGCUGGUGGGAAGGAUCAGAUUAAGCUACAUGUCAACUCGCCUACGAAACACGGAUCAGAAAAGACCGGACUCAGCUCCCCAGUCAAAUCCAUUAACCUUACUCCUCGCCACAAGUCUGUUGACGAGAAUGGGAAGCCUGUUCGACGGUCUAUCGAUUUCAACGAUGUUAUCAGCAUGUCCAGUCCCACUCGGGAACCGUCCCCUUCGCCUUUCCAUUACACAUUACGAGAAACUCCCAGGAGAGUCGGUAUUGCCGUCGCAGAGGAACACACUCGACCAAUUGCCCAGCCCAACUUUGGCCGCUCCCAGAACUCCCCGCUGAAAGCAUCCCCCAAGAAAGCCCUCCUAGAAACCCCGCGAGGAGGCAGCAACUUCGCCUUCAACAACGACAUGAAACCCUCUUCCCAACCCAACUUCACCCCCGGCCGAAACUCACCCCUCAAAGCCUCCCCCAAAAAGGGCCACUUCAAUGAAACCCCCAAAGCUAGCACCAUGGCUCCCUGGGAUGGUACCAAGCCACUAUCCCAGCCGAACUUCACACCUGGACAGAACUCGCCACUAAAGGCCUCUGCAAGGAAAGGCAAACUGGCCGCUUCGUUUUCAGAGAGCGCGCUGAAAGCAUCAUCAACGCCCUCGUUUAACGCUAGAAUUUCGCUGCUGCAGAGCCCCGCGAAGAGAGUUGCUUCGCCGUUUAAGGGGUUUACGCCGAAGAGGUCUGCGCUUUUUGCGCCGAGGGAGGUGGAGAGUACUACGCCUCGUGAUGAGGUUACACACGAGGAUGGUGAUGUGCAAGCUGCUUCCACGUCGCAGAUGGAGGAACCGCUUAGGCUUGGGGAGUUGGAUGAGGCUGAGAAUGCGGAUGAAGAGCAGCAAGAGCAGCAAGAGGAGUCUGCGGAUGAGUUGGAUGAUGAGUAUGAUCAUGAUGUCCGUGAUCAUGAUUCUCAGGGUACGAUUGAGGAGAUUGAUGAGGGUCGCGAUGCGGAACAGGAAGAGCAGCCCGGUGACCACUUGGCACAUGAGGCUGAUGAUCAUCAGGCUCGGCCGGAGCCUCAAUCGCCCUUUAUGGUCGACGACGAGAUGAAUGAAGAGCAGGAUCGGAACGAAAAACUCGCUCAUGAGACGGAGCGUGAGAGCGACGAACACGUCCGUGAACCUGAGCCUCAAUCGCAUGCCGAAACCGACGAAGAAAUGGAUGAAGGCUCUGGUUUGGAUGCUGAGCCUGAGACUCGGGACGACGAAGACGAUGCUGCAGACUAUGCCCCUGAGGCUCCGACAUAUGAAGACCUCGAACGAGAGGUUGCCGACGAACCUUCUCUAGACCUUGGCGAAGAGCUCGCUGAGACUUUCGCUGAGGAGUACGCUGAGGAUGACUACGAAGCUCUCGCUGUUCAAUCCGAGGAGCAUGACUACGACGAUGCCAUUGAAGGGCAUCACCAGGAAGAGCAGAAUGACGACGCAGAAGAAGCCGACCAACUUGCCGAGUCUGUUCUGCAAGAUUUCCAGAAUCUCACUGAGGAACAUCAGGAGCCUCAAACCCAAGAGGAUGACUAUGUCGAUGAUAGAAUCGCUGCGCUGGAGUCGGAGGUUGAAGCUGAGAUGCGCGAGGCGGAUUUUGGUCCGGUGUCGGAUCGGGAAGAAGAAAGUGAACAGGAAACUGACGACGAUCAGCCAGAGGUUCCGGCUGAGCAGGAUGUGCCCGAAGAACCAGAAGUGCCCGUUCAGCAGCAAUUCCCCGAAGAGCCGCAAGAGGCCGCUGCUGAGGAUCGUCCGGCAGUCGAAUCAGAACCCGAAGACCUCAACGAUGGCGAUGAAAUGGAAAGCAACGACGAUUUCGAACCCGACGACGAUGUCCAGGAAGUUCCUGCCCAUGGAGACGGUCAUGGAGACGAUGGAGAAACCGAAGAGGAAGUCAAUGAUGAAGAAGAUUGGGAUGUUGACGGGACUACGCUUGUUGUCUUUGACGAGGAGCAGAUGUACAUGGAGGGUGCGAGACCUUCGCCUCGUCGUAUGUCACCUCGGCGGGUUUCUCCUGAACGGGCUUCUCCACGCCGACUUUCUCCUCAACGACCUUCACCCCGCCGUGUUUCUCCUCGUCGUGCUUCGCUUCGUGCUCCGCCUCGCCGUGUCUCUCGCCAGAGCAUUCAAGUCGAACUUGAGCCCAGUCCUCAGCCCAGUCCAGUGCAUAUGGAAAGUGCCUCUUCGCCGGCCUCUGCUUCAGUUGUCGACAAUGAAUACCGCGAUGAAGCAGAUCAAAUGGACUCCGACGAAGAAGCAUCCAACCUCCAGGAGACCGCGCACAACGAAACCAACACUUUCGACACCCCCGAACCCAACGUCCCCACCCUAAACCUCCGAUCCAGCAUCCACCACUCAAUCUUCGACAACGCUCCGCGCUUCACACCACUAGCUCACCAAUUCAGCCAGUGGCAGACCGGCACUCUCCAAGAGCGAGAGGGAAGCGGAUCGAGUCGCCCACGACGGGGAAUUUUUUCCAUUGGUGGUGCUCCUAGGAGACCUUCUUCGGGAAGGAUUUCUGUGGGUUUGGAUGUUUCGUAUCCUGAUCUUGGACGGUCACUUGGGUCGAGGAAGUCGUCGUUGGCGAAUGCUACUAGUCAGGAGGAUGUUGAGGAUGAGGAGGAUAUCGAGCCCGUUGAGCAGGAGCAGGAGCAGGAGCCGGAACAGGUGGUCGAGGCAGAGCCAGAGACUAUCGAAGAUGAUGCUGCAAAGGCCGAUAUACCACAGCAGCCUGCUACUGAGAUCUACACUGAUCCAGAACCUGAAGUGGAGGCCGAGAUCGACGAACGCGGAGAAGAUCUCCCUUCCCAGCAUGCCAGUCCCGCACCCGCACCCGUCCGCGACCAGUGGGACGAUGAUAAGGAAAACGAGAAUGAAAACCUCCCUGCACCUGGACCAGUGACGCCCAUGAAAAACACGGAAACUAAGAUCAGCCCCUUGCACACCGUCCACACGGUGUCCAAGGUCCCACUAAAGCCCGAGGGCCAGGACUCGCCGCUGAAAAUGCCCCUGUCCCUUAAACGACGUCGCUCUUCCUCGAACGCCUCGCCAACUCGUGCCUCGCCGCGGCUGCGCAAGUCAUCUAUUUUCGCUCCUGCCCUUGCUGCUCAGGAGGAGACUGUGCCUGAGUUUUCGCCGAGGAAAGUGCCCAGGCUUAUGGAACAUGAUAGUCCCGCACGGCGGGCGAGUGCGCAUAUAGCACGGAGUGUGGAGAGGAGGCAAAGCAGAGCUAGCAUUGGCAGCAAGGCGCCCUCCCGAUCAUCUAGCCCCGUAAAAUCUCGUCGCACAAGCGAGUUCAGUGCGCGCAGCGCGGACAGUCGCCAAAGCAGACCCAGCACCAAAAUGCCGUCCCGCUCCCCCAGCCCCAUAAAAUCACCCCGCAAGAGCAUCGGCAGCAACAACGGCGUCCUAACCGGUGCCGUUGUUUACGUCGACGUGCACACCACCGAAGGCGAAGACGCAAGCGGCAUCUUCAUCGAACUCCUCCAACAAAUGGGCGCUCGCUGUGUCAAGAACUGGGCCUGGAACCCGCGCGCAAGCCUCCUCCCCGAAUCCGCUGUAGAGCAACACAAAGACGGAAGAGUAGGCAUCACGCACGUCAUUUACAAAGAUGGCGGCGUCCGCACGCUCGAAAAAGUCCGCCACGCCGCCGGCCUCGUAAAAUGCGUCGGCGUCGGCUGGGUCCUCGACUGCGAGCGCGAAAACAAAUGGCUCGACGAGACGGACUACGCAGUCGACAGCACCAUCAUCCCGCGUGGCGGCGCGAAGCGCCGAAAGUCAAUGGAACCAAGGGCAUUGAGCAAUGUUAACGGAACCCUCAUCUCUUCUUCCACUGCCGCUGCAGCCAGGCGCAAAUCGGGCAUCACACCCUCAUCCAGCGAAGAACCGCAUACACCAACUACAACGCGAACAAGGAAAUACGAUACCCCCAGUGCCAGGGAUAGAAUCUACCAAACGCCCAAGACCCCCGGAACGGGAUACGGCUUCCGGUUCAACAUGGACGAUUAUGCGGGUAUGUCCCCUGCAACGCCGUUUUACCUUUCGCGCGCGAAACUGGUGCAGCAGACUUGUCCGCCGAAGCAGACGAGACAGGGCAUUUUUGGGGGUGAUGAUGGUGAUCUGGGUAUGGAAGGGGAUGUGGGCGGUGGCGGCGAUUCGGAGAGUUCGAGGAGGUUGAAGAUGAGGUUGGAGGCUGCUAGGAGGAAGAGUUUGGCUGUUAAGCCUUGA